UCCCUCGCUGACAGCUGCUUUGUGUCCACAGUCCCCAAGAUGCUGGCAAACAUAUGGACCCAGAAUCAGGUUAUCUCAUAUGCAGGGUGUCUAUCACAACUGUAUUUUUUCAUGCUGUUUGUGAUGCUGGAGGCAUGCCUCUUGGUUGUCAUGGCCUACGACCGCUAUGUGGCCAUAUGCCACCCACUCCAUUACAUCAUGGUCAUGAGACCUGAGCUCUGUGUCCUCCUGGUGUCAGCAUCCUGGAUCAUGAAUGCCCUCCACUCUCUCCUACACACACUCCUAAUGAACAACCUAUCCUUCUGUGCAAACCACGAGAUCCCACACUUCUUCUGUGACAUCAACCCCUUUCUGAGUCUGUCCUGCACAGACCCCUUCAUCAAUGAGCUGGUGAUCUUCACCAUUGGGGGUCUUGUGGGCCUGGUUUGUGUGCUUUGCCUGACUAUCUCUUAUGCAUACAUUUUCUCAACCAUCCUGAAGAUCCCUUCGGUUCAGGGAAAGCGAAAAGCCUUUUCCACCUGCAGCUCUCAUCUCUCUGUGGUCUCUCUAUUCUUUGGAACUUCCUUUUGUGUUUAUUUCAGUCCACCUUCAACCCGCUCAGCAGAGACAGACACAGUUGCAUCAGUGAUGUACACAGUAGUAACCCCCAUGCUAAAUCCCUUUAUCUAUAGUUUGCGGAACAGAGACAUCAAAUCUUCCCUGAGAAAGCUAAUUCGGGUUAGGAAAAUUCAUUUCCAUUAGUGGUAGUGACUUCACAACCAGUAUGGGGGUUUCCAACUAAUUGCAUCCACCACAUUAAGUAGUGAAGAAUGAGAAAGGGAGAAACCAUGGAGACCUCACUUCCAGGACCUGUGAUCUAAACUUGAAAAAUUCAUGCCUGAGCACCAGGACUACAUCAGAACAACCCCAUCAUCAAGUCAACAUAAUUAGAUUAAGUCCUUAUGAUAAUAAUGUUCUAAAAUCAUAGCCAUCCAAAUUUAUCACAUAAUAAAGGAUGUGCUUGAAUACUUUUGAAACAACACGGGGCAGCUCAUGACCAAAAUAAGGGGAUAUCUGGUUGUGCUGUUGUAUGUGGCCAAGAGUAAACUCCAGGGAAAGAUAACUUUCCCCACCAUCACAGUCACCUUGGUGACUUGGAUCCCCACCCAUAGUGUUUUUGACACUGGACUCCCCAUGUCUGUAAAGCCCCCAAGCUGAAAGAAUAGAAACUAGGACUGGAAAGGGUUUGGUGAGGGUGGAGUCUUAUGUAGAGCUCCUGCAAUAUUUGACCAGGCAUCCAAGAUCUACAUUCCUCCUGCAACCUUAAAUUUCACAUGAAAACUUCAUUUUUAUCUCUGGGACAAAUUUUUCCAAGUCAGUUUCAUCUUUGCAGUCCCAGUGGUUCCACUUGGCAUAGCACCUGGCACUGCUAAUAUGUGCUAAAUCCCACUGGCACGGUUGCAAUCAUGUUAGGAGCCAGGAAAGAGUGAUUUUAUAGACACUUCAUAAUCUCCUACCUGAAUGAUUGAAACUCCCUCCUAGAUGGUCUUCAGUCCCCAGUCUCUCCCUGUUCAGCCAUUCUCCUCACCAUGAUCAUAUUAAUUUUCAUAGAAAAUGGUUAUAUCACCAUCACCACUACCCUAUCAAAAAUCUCCAGAGGUUUAAUCCACCUAC